AUGCCAGUAUUGCUUGGCGAUGUCAGCUCCUGUAAUAGUGAUUUGGGACGCAUUCUUUAUGCAAAUCCGAAUGAAUGGAAUGUCAAUAUGAACAUUGUUUCUAUAAAUACUAUAUCGGGCAUCCUAACUUCGCAUGUUGAAUAUCAGUUGUCGAUUUCAGCUAUUCCUCGUAAUUGUAUUGCCACUGAUGCGCGAUGUUUUGAUAUGUGGACUCGUUACAGAGAUGUGAAACGACUUUGGGAGCAGUUAAAUGAUUUGCACAAAAAGUUACAACUUCAUGGCCCUUUUCCCCAAAUUGCUGAAGCAGUCAUUUUUGGAAAUCAACGGUCUCAAAUUAUUGGCGAAAGAACGUCAUCAAUAACUACUUUUUUGAACUAUGUAUUUGCACAUCCUGUUUUACGGCAGAGUAAAGCUCUACAAGAUUAUGUUUUGAAAGCACAAGAAAUUAAAAAUCAGUCCAGCCGUUAUGAUUUACUGGAACCAGUUCGGAAGAUAUCUGCUAAAACGGAAGGUGCAUUUGAAACGGAAGUAGUUCAUGUUUCGCAAUACGAAGAUGAGGAAUCAAAAUUUCUCGUAGUAUCGGAUAAUAAUAGCUUUGAAUUAAAAUCAUCAAAUUCAGCUACAGAUCAAGGCAAUGAACUGCCUCAUGCAGUGCCAUUAGACAUGAGGAAUGAAGUUAUGUCGACCACAAGAGAAAAUUCUGGAUUAUCAGAUUCGGCAUUGGGCGAACAAUCUUCUUGCAAUCCUCCAACUUAUUACUGUGUCGCUCUUUCACAGCAGUCGCAGCCGCAAACAUACCGAUAUGAAACAGAUCUCCGUCCCCAUCGCUUUCCGCACUCCACUUUAUCUUGA